AUGGUGCCGAAGCAUGACGGAAAGGCUAUGAAGCGCGUACCAUUGUCUUCGGCCAUGACCUGGGAUAUUGUCCGUGAGCGGCUGCGCAUUGUGAUGGGAUAUGACAAUGUCGACGACAUGGCGCUCUCGUAUCGCCUCUCCAAGGAUGCCAAGUCUGUCCGCAAGAGCCUCGAAGAUGACAAUGACUAUCAGGGCAUUGUCCAGUCCAUGCAGAGUCAUCGCCGGAAUACCCGACCUCAGCAAGUAAUUAUAUUGGAUGACAGUGUGAAUGAUUCAGAGCAGGAGUUGUCACAGCCCAAGGGUUCGCACAAGAAGGCACCCGGGAUGAAAGCAGCCGCAGUUGCACAUGCUUACGCCACUGUAGAGCAUCAAAGCCAAAUUGAUGAAGUGGUGGAGGAGUUGAAAAGGCAGAAUCCGAAGUGUAGUGAGCACGCCAUGUCAUGUUGGCUAGGGCAUCCGUCUGGAGAGCACGUCCAGCUCACGGAGAUGCGUUUUGCAGCUUGGGCAACUGACAUUGUCAAGCAACUGUCACUUCCAGAAAUGGAACGCACAGUGACCUAUACCCAUCCACUGAACAACCGGAUGUUUGACGUACCUCCCUCGUUUCGUCAUCAGCAUGCCCCAUCGGUGUCGAAGGCCCCUUCCACAUCUAUGCCUGUUCCUCCAAUCAUUAUCAACAUGCCUGAGAUGUCUGGUUCUCACAAACAUCUUAUAGUAUCUCCAUCAUCAUCUGAUCCUGUCAAUCCUGCUGAUGCUCCUUGGCCAUCGCUCACCGACUUCCUUCUGCAUGCAGUAACUGUAGACCGUCACAGUCGGAACUAUCCUGCAUAUGAGCCAGGUCUUCGUCAAGCUGAAGAAGCAUUGUGA